UCCUUAAAAGUUUGAUACCUUUCAAAAAGUUUGUUUGUCUUGGAAAAACAGAGGUAGCUUACAUUAUUUUUGUGAUGGCAGACAGAUUGCCAGCAGGUAAAGCAGUUAUAAUCGUAACAAAGGCAUCCAAAUGAUGGUUUAACCUUUCGCUGAACUGAAGGACUUUCGUUUUACAUUGGCGCUAAUUUAUAAGAACGUCACCGUUAACGUAACACUUCUUCCGGUUUGAAAAACAGACAAAUCGGCGGCCAUCUUGGUUUCUUGUAACAGCCUGAAAUAAAUUAAAUAUUACGUCGAACCGGACUACACUACGAUUUCAUCACGUAAACAGAUCUGGAGAUGUCAGCAGACUCUUUUGCAGCGGGGAGCAGCGAUGCCCAGCAGAGCUUACAGUCCUUUUGGCCCAGAGUCAUGGAAGAGAUCAGGAAUCUUACAGUGAAGGAUUUCCGUGUGCAAGAGCUUCCUCUUGCUCGCAUCAAGAAAAUUAUGAAACUGGAUGAGGAUGUGAAGAUGAUUAGUGCUGAAGCACCAGUGCUGUUUGCCAAAGCAGCACAAAUCUUCAUCACAGAGCUCACUCUCAGAGCCUGGAUCCACACUGAGGACAACAAACGGCGUACACUACAGAGGAAUGAUAUUGCCAUGGCCAUCACUAAGUUUGACCAGUUUGACUUCCUCAUUGAUAUCGUCCCACGAGAUGAUCUCAAGCCUCCGAAACGACAGGAGGAAGUGCGUCAGUCUGUUGCCCCGACUGAGCCAGUCCAGUAUUACUUCACAUUGGCACAACAGCCCAGCGCAGUACAGGUCCAAGGACAGCAGCAAGGCCAGCAGGUGGCUACUCCCACCGCCACCACACUACAACCAGGGCAGAUUAUCAUCGCUCAGCCCCAGCAGGGCCAGGUAUUGCAGGGAACGACCAUGCAGCAGCUUCAGCAGGUGCAGGUCGCUCAAUCACAGGUGACCCCUAUUACGAGUGCUCCAGUGACAAUGCAGGUGGGUGAAGGCCAGCAGGUGCAGAUUGUGCAGGCUGCUCCACAGGGACAGGGUCAGGCACAGGCAGCACAGACAGCUGGACAGACUAUGCAGGUUAUGCAGCAGAUCAUCACCAACACAGGAGAGAUCCAACAGAUUCCAGUGCAGCUAAACACUGGCCAGCUGCAGUAUAUUCGCUUGGCUCAGCCAGUCUCAGGAACACAGGUUGUUCAAGGACAAAUACAGACGCUUGCAGCAAAUACUCAGCAGAUUUCACAGACGGAAGUACAACAGGGUCAACAACAGUUCAACCAGUUUACUGAUGGGCAGCAGUUGUAUCAGAUCCAGCAGGUGACUAUGCCAGCAGGGCAGGAGCUGGCCCAGCCCAUGUUCAUUCAGUCCACCAACCAGACAGCCGACGGGCAGGUCACCACACAGGUCAGCGCGGACUGAGGCCGCUUGCCCUCUUCUCCGCUGACCCAUGGAGCUCCCAUCACCACCCAAAGUGAAGGAGAGGAGCUGUAACACCAUCUUCCACACAGUCAGCUGCACUGAACACUCCCAUCCAACCCUCACAUACCUACACCCACAUCUGACUUCAGUCCUUCAGCUUUUAUUCAUAUCAUUCCAUAUUUCGAUCAAGUUAUCUGACUGGUUUAAUUCAGCAAUUGGCAUACAAUUUUAGAUUUAAGGUUCAUUUGGUACAGUCCAAAAUACACUUACUGCUUUUAGCUGUGUUAUUACGAUUUUGGUCUGCUUACUACAGUCCUGAGUAACAGAAGGAUCAGUGUAUUGUGGCAGAAAUCAAUUUUGCUUUCUGCCAUAUUAAUUUUAACUGUAUGUUUAUGUCUAUUGCAAUAUGGCUAAAGAGUAUUUGAUCCCACUGUCUUCCUUGCUGUUUGCCAAGAAUGUGUCCUCCUUUCUUAGUUAAAUUUGGAUAUGGGUAGAAAUUAUGCUUUAAUUUUGAUCUCAGGAGGGCAUUUCUCAGCUGUGGGGCAUCUUUUUGGUUGUAUAUAUAUUUUUUUUUAAAAGCUCUCAUCCAUUUUGAUAGAUCAUGUCAUCUCAUGAUGUGUAGACUUUAAACUUGAUUAUAAAAAAGCCAUAAUCUACACAUUCUGUACACAAGUAUCUCCAUAGUUUGUAUAACUCUGUUAUUCACUAGUAAUAGUAGUAUGUGCGUUGUAGUAGUAUAUUGUAUAGUUUUGAAAUUUGCCAACAUUGUAUUUGUUAUAGGGCUUCUUUCUACAUGCAAAAUGGUCUUUGUGUGAGUGUGUGUGAACAUGUGCUGGUAAUUGAUGUGCUGUCUGUGGGUGUCUUUCCGGGCACAAUUUAGGAAGACCUCUGCCCCCUUGCAAUUGAGCUGCUCCACUUUUAACCCACUUGUAAAAAAACAACGUUAAUUAAAACCCUUUUAUAUAAACACAUUUUUAACACCAGCUGUAACUCGGUUUCUUUUUUUUUAAUUGCUCUUCUGUUUUUCAUUUAUAUUAUCAUAGUUGGUCAUUGUUGUUUUGCAUGUAGUUGUGACUACCAGCAUGAUAUGCAAUACCUUGGUAUACAUUUUAUUUGUGUGUUCUUUUUUGUAAACAGACCUUGGUGUGUGAGAAAAUAAAAAUGUGAAAAAUUUUGGAAA